AUGGCGUCGUCUUCGCGGUCAGCUCUCACCUCGACAAGGCGACGGAACCGUAGGCGUCGUCAGGAUAAACCUGCUAUCUCUGCCAAGCUCGUGCUUGACGACCACAUCAAGAGCGAUGUCGGCAUUGUAUCCGAGGACAUCUUUCGCGACCUCUUCCCUAAUCUAGGUAACGCUCAACUCUACCAAGGCGCCACCGAAGACAUCCACCAUAUUGCGAUCGCUCCGUGGGCACCCAACGCGAACCCCAUCGACAGUCCGUGGUCAAUCGUACCGAUAAUAGAGUCUUCCGCGCUCGCGCCCUCGACCGUCCGUUUCUCGCCGUCUUCAGCUUCUCUCCAGAGCUUCGCUGUUACACUGCAACAAGUCGCGCCAUCCAAGCUAUCAAGCCACAGUCGUGGCGGAAUCGAAAUCUUGGUCCUUGAUGUCGCGCCCGUACCUCUGGAGACCGUUUUCGUGAGCUUGGAGAGCGAAUUGACCAAGAGACUUGAAAAUGGAGAGGGGACCUUCUUUCGAGACCACCCUGCGAACUCCAAGGAGAAGAACAACCCCAACUCGACAGCCGAUGGGCGCCUGGUGACCUCUCUCAGAGCUGCUUUGGGUAGCCUCAAGGUCGUACAUGCAGGCGAUCUAUUUCCACUUCCUCUAUCACCACACCCUCUCACUCACGUGCCUCCUAAUCCUGGAAAGAUCAUGCUGUGCGAGCCUGUCUCUCAGGGUGUUUUGACGGAGUCGACCAAAAUCAUUCUAAUGCGUGGUCGUGUCCAUACCAAGCAGAUCCGGCGUGUUGCUUCCAUGACAGCAAGUCAGCAGCUCAAUGGCGUUCCUGAGGAUGAAGACGACACCAGCACGGAUCAGUUCUAUUCUGCGGCCGAGGAUCGAGAUAAAUCAGAAAUGACGACGGAGGAUAUGGAAUCCGCUACUGAAACUGAGCCAGAUUUGUCUGGUUCUGACAAUGAGGAUGAACUGUCGGAUGAUUCCAUGGAUGACAUGAUCUCUCUGCAAGCACCAACAUUGCCAACAACGAAUGCUAGCGGCGUGUCGACAUUGCAGCCAGGGACACCAAUGACAGUUGGAACGCUUCGUGGUAGAAAGACCAACGGAAUCACAACACCUGGGUCUGUUUUCUCCAACUUUACCGCUACCACAGCUCGACCAGAUAGACCUCGAGGUCGUCUGUUCAAAGCACAAGGAUUGAUGGAGCAGAUUCCCACCGACAUUUUACACCCAAAGCCAUCUUUAGAAGACGAUGAGGAAGCGCGGAUCUACGUCGACGUGACAUCGCUCAGCCGAAUUGGAUGUUUCUCUGGUGACUGGGUCAGAAUCGAAGCUGCCGAAGAACCUCCCACCAAUGGGUUCGGCGCGUUCGGGCUCGGCAGUUUUGGACAAGUUGAGUCAGAACCUGCUAAGUGGCGACCUGUUCGCGUUUAUGGUCUCCCUGAAGGCUAUUCGCAACGGCCUAUGACUAGAAUACCUAGUGCUAAACACGGAGAGAGGAGGUUGUCUUUUUUCGAAUCACAAAUCCAGCGACCCGCCAGUCCCACAGCCUAUGCGUCUCCCAUUCUCCUAGCCAAUCUUGAUGAUGCCCCCUAUCUACGACUCGCGCCCUUGAAAAAAGCAUCUUAUCAAGGAAAGGGGACAAUUCCUCGAUUUACUAGCGCAGCUCGACCUCCCUAUGCCAGAGAUAUCACUAUUCAUCAUAUUCGAACUCCUAUCUCCGCCGAACGAGCCUUUCAAACCGCUGUUCUUGGUGGCUUGAAGCGGUACUUUGCACAAAAGAUUCGUCUCGUUCGAAAUGGAGAUCUCAUUGCUGUCCCAGUCGACGCUGAGCUUGGUCGCACACUUCAGGAAAUGCCUGGGGCAGGGGGCUCAGAAGUGGAUGAUGUAAUGGCACUUACAGCUGGUGGCCAGGAAGCUGGAAAGCAGCCUACAACAUUUGACAGCGUAGCAUGGUUCAAGGUCGGACAUAUUCAGAUCCAGAAGUCGGACGAAGACGAGGAUGGAAGUGCUGAAGCCUUUUGGGGCUCCGUUGCAUGCAUCGACAGUUCAUCCGUAGCCAUGCAUGGCUCAGGUUUUGAGACAAGUCGGAUACCCGGUAUCAAGCAGAGCACAUGGCAAUACUACCUUGGCCUUAAGAAGACACCAAAGAAGGCUUCAGAGUCAACUCCGCCUCCAAUUCAGGAGCCCGAACUGCCAUACGUCUCACCUCUCCGGCGCCAAUUACGGGAGUUGAUCGCGGCUGCUACAAGCGCAAGAGCCAUUCAUCUGAAGAUGCCUCCUGUUGCAAUUCUGUUGACCUCGACACAUCGAAACAUUGGCAAGUCAUCUUUGGCGUCCGGCGCUUGCUCCGAUAUGGGUCUUCACACAUAUACAAUCGAUGCGUAUGAUAUCCUCAGUGAGGGAAGCGGCAGCGGAAGUGAUGUCAAAACUGAGGGUUUCCUCAGAACGAGGGCAGAGCGUGCCAUGAGUUGCGGCUCCGACUGUUGUGCUCUUCUUAUUAAACAUGCCGAAGCUCUCACCGCAGAUCGCAUCGAGGCAACGAUCAAAGAGAUCCUGGAAGACACGCGGGUAUUGAUCGCCACCACGAAUGAGGUUGAUAAGGUACCCGACGGUGUCCGGGCAUUGUUUACUCACGAGUUGGAAAUGACAGCCCCCGACGAAGCGGAGCGUGAAUCCAUUCUCAAAUCUAUCAUCAGCGACAGAGGCGUCAGCCUCGAGCCGUCCAUCGACCUUAACUCAAUUGCUCUCAAGACCGCUGCACUUGUAGCUGGUGACCUGGUAGAUGUUGUUGAGCGUGCCUCUAUCGCUCAGCAAUCGCGACUGGAACAGCUUUCAGCGAAGAAUACUCAUGACAACACGAUCAUCACUGUACGAGAUGUGCAGGUUGCGGGUGGCCCUCUCGCCCGCUGCCUGACAAAGGGAGAUUUCGAGAUUGCUGUCGAGGCUGCGCGCAAGAACUUCUCUGAUUCCAUUGGCGCACCUAAGAUCCCCAAUGUCACCUGGGAUGAUGUUGGUGGUCUGAACAACGUCAAAGAGGCUGUGACCGAGACUAUCCAAUUGCCUCUCGAACGUCCCGAGCUUUUCGCAAAGGGUAUGAAGAAGCGAUCGGGAAUUCUUUUCUACGGCCCCCCUGGAACUGGAAAGACGUUGUUGGCAAAAGCAAUUGCUACCGAGUACAGUCUCAACUUCUUCAGUGUGAAGGGCCCUGAGCUUCUCAACAUGUAUAUCGGAGAGUCUGAAGCCAACGUUCGACGCGUGUUCCAGCGUGCUCGCGAUGCCCGGCCAUGUGUUGUUUUCUUUGAUGAGCUGGACUCGGUGGCGCCUAAGCGAGGCAACCAAGGCGAUAGUGGUGGUGUCAUGGAUCGUAUUGUCUCUCAACUCCUGGCAGAACUGGACGGGAUGGGUGAUGACGGCGGCGGCGGUGUUUUCGUUAUUGGCGCAACCAACAGACCAGAUCUCUUAGAUCCUGCCCUUCUGAGACCUGGUCGAUUCGACAAAAUGCUCUAUUUAGGUGUCUCGGAUACCAAUGACAAGCAGCAAACCAUAUUGGAAGCCCUCACUAGAAAAUUCACCCUUCAUCCUUCGGUCUCUCUCGCCUCUGUGGCAGCGAAGCUUCCUUUUACCUAUACUGGUGCAGAUUUCUAUGCCCUGUGCAGUGAUGCCAUGCUCAAAGCCGUCACACGGCAGGCCACAGCAGUGGAUAACAAGAUCCGCGCCAUCAAUGCCGAUCCAGAAACUCAACUUCCUAUUUCAACAGCUUAUUACUUCGACCACUAUGCUACUCCAGAGGAUAUUGCCGUCAUGGUUCAGGAAGAAGACUUCCUUGCUGCCAACGAUGAGCUCGUGCCUAGUGUUAGUGCUGGCGAAUUGGCUCACUAUGAGCAUGUGCGUGCUACUUUCGAAGGAGUCAAAGAGAAAGAGAAGGAACUCAAACCACCUGCAGUUCAGCGUGUUGUGUCCGGGGCAUCAGUGUCAUCCAAGGGCAAAGGGAAGGCAGUUGCCUCAGUAUCGAGUAAAGGCAAAGGCAAGGCAAUUGCGUUGACGAGCGAUGACGAACUCGACGAGGAGGACGAGACAGAUGAUACCAAUGGAAGAUCUAAGGGGAAGGGGAAGGCACCAAUGGGAUUCCAGGAUGGAACAGCCAGUGACGACGAUGGCCUCUACUAG